AUGGAUAUAGACGCCGUUCUGGAGGGUGGCUUAAUGGAUAUAGACGCCGUUCAGGAGGAUGGGUUAAUGGAUAUAGGCGCCGUUCAGGAGUGUGGUUUCAUGGAUAUAGGCGCCGUUCAGGAGGGUGGUUCAGUUGAUAUAGGCGCCGUUCAGGAGGGUGGUUCAGUUGAUAUAGGCGCCGUUCAGGAAGGUGGUUUCAUGGAUAUCGGCGACGUUCAGGAGGGUGGUUUCAUGGAUAUAGGCGCCGUUCAGGACGGUGGUUUCAUGGAUAUAGGUGACGUUCAGGAGGGUGGAUUAAUGGAUAUAGGCGCCGUUCAGGAAGGUAGUUUAAUGGAUAUAGGCGCCGUUCGGGAGGGAGGUUCAAUGGAUAUAGGCGUCGUUCGGGAAAGUGGUUUACUUGAUAUACGCGUCGUUCAGGAGUGUGGUUCAGUUGAUAUACGCGCCUUUCAGGAGGGUGGUUUAGUUGAUAUAGGCGCCGUUCAGGAUGAUGGUUUAUUUGAUAUACGCGCCUUUCAGGAGGCUGGUUUUGGUUGA